AUGGACUAUCGCUUAGUUCUCUUCCUCUACCGCAAAAAGGACAUCACACACGCCGAAUUCAGAGACCACUACGAAUACAUACACAUACCCCUCACGCGAGAGCUCACCGGCUCCCGCUUCCCCUCCUUGCACUCGAGGCGGUAUAUUGAGCGAUCGCCAAACGAUGAACCGACCGUCCUCAUCGGGAAAAGAACCGGGGAAGAGCCCGACGCUGUGGUGGAGAUUGAGUUCAAGGACGAGGAGGUGGCGCAGGCGUUCUUUGAUGUGACGAACUCUGGGGAGGUCGAGGAGAGGUUGCGGAAGGACAGUGCGCAGUUUCUGGAUUGGGAGAGGCUUAAGAUUAUGAGGAUCGGGGACGCUUUUGAGAAGCGUAGGGAAGAUUGA